UCUUGAUCUUGUUCUCCCUGGUCCCGUCCUCAUGCACGCAAUACAGCAACAAUACUGGGCGGUCCGCGACUACCUGAGCCCUGUUCUCAAGGAGAGCAAGUUUAAGGAGCACGGACGCAUAACGCCGGAGGAGUUUGUGGCUGCGGGGGACUUCUUGACAUACAAGUUUCCCGUCUGGAAGUGGGAGAAGGGCGACCCCUCGAAGGCGCGCGACUACCUCCCCGCGGACAAGCAGUAUUUGAUCACCCAUGGCGUGCCCUGCCUCCGCCGUGCUACCUCCCUCGCCUACACGGACGCCGACGAAGACGCGGAGCGUCUACUGAACUUUUCCGAGGCGUCGGGCGCGGGCGAUAAGGACGACGAGUGGGUAGAGACGCAUGCGGGCCGCAAGGCGAACACGGACGCCGCCAACCCCGGCGAGAUUGAGGAUAUCCCGGACGAUGAUGCUCACAACGACGAGGGAUUGUCCUCUGGGGUCGCCAACCUGUCCGUCAGCGCAGACGCGACCCCCGAUCUGGAUGACAUACCCGAUAUGGAGGAGGACGAGCUCGAGGAGGGUGACGAGGCAGCAGCGGCACCCAAGCCCGCUGCAAAGCCGGCUGGCGUGCUCGAGGCAAGUGAUAUUGAGGUCGCGAAGGGGAACUUGCUGCAAGUCCGCACGUACGAUGUCAUGAUCACCUACGACAAGUACUAUCAGACACCGCGGAUCUGGCUGCUCGGCUACGACGAGAACCGGAAUCCCCUCACUCCCUCACAGAUCUUCCAAGACGUCUCCGCCGACCAUGCGUUCAAGACAGUGACCAUUGAAGCCUUCCCCCACUCCUCUUCCCUUCAAGCCGCCUCCGUGCACCCAUGCAAACAUGCUAGCGUCAUGAAGAAGGUCAUCGAACGCAUGAACAACAGCGUCGUCGAGGAGCAGCUCGCUCAGAAGAAGACCUCGAGCAAGGACAAGAAGCGGUGGUUCGGUCGCAAAGGCAGCGGCACGAAGGACGCUCCGGCGGAGGAGGACGAGGAAGUGACGGGCAUGCGGGUCGACUUCUACCUCGUUGUCUUCCUGAAGUUCAUCGCCUCGAUUGUCCCGACGAUUGAGGUUGAUUCUACGACGGCAUUCUGAUUUAGUUAUAUGGUGCGUGGAGAGGUCCCCUGUAGAAUAUGUGCUAUACCCAGACCUAUGGAAUCAACAUACGACAAUUACAUGUACAUUGUAUCGAAGCUGGCUUGCCUACGUUCAUACACGAACAGUCUUUUCUGGCCGUAGCUGGAUUAUUGGGUGUGUCCACAAGGACCCAUUGAUGCACGUGGCUCAGAUCAGUCUCCGCCCGUGAUUCGGAGGAGACCUUGUAGCGAACGCUCACCUUCGACUCAGUCUUGCAUGGCGCAAUGUAUCCUCACCUUGAUCAGCUC